UGUAAAAGAAAUAUAAAAAAGAGAGAAAAAGAAAGUAAAGCAAAACGAAAAUUUCGUGAAUCGAACUACCCUCCCUGUGAUAUAACUUGCGCCGUAUUUGUAAUUAUAGCUUAUAGAUAGAUAUCUUUAAGUUAAGAGCUAACUAAAAAAAACAAACAAAAAACAACAAAAAUAACAAGCAACAAAAAGAGCAGCUAAUAAUAUUUGGCACCUUUUUAACACAAGCCGCCUAGAGGACAGCACGAAGUACCAGGAUAAUCUCACACUCAAUCUCUAUCUCUCUCUCCAAUUCUAAAUAAUCUAAAAAUAUAUCUAACAUAUAAAAUAUACAAAUUAUUUUGAGCCCUAUAAACCGCCAAGCGCACUCCUCACACACACACACACACACACACACACGAACCCUCAUUUGAACUGGAAACCAAAACUUAAUUAUAACAAACGAUUAACUAAACUGCAAGAAGCAUGGGAGAUGAACACGAGAAACGGAGCGGAAAGGAGAAAUUGCUCUUCUAUACGACAGCAUUCUUUAUAUUAUUGGGAACAUUUAGUAUGUUUGCUUUCCUAUUUCUUGUACCAUUUGUCAUUGAGCCGGCCUUUACCACCAUAUUCAUGCAAUUCGAGGAGGUGCCCGCUCUGUGUGAGACCUACGACACAGAGAUCUAUUUUGGGGCCAAGAACUGCUCGUGGGCAUCGUGUCGUGAGGGUUGUACCAAGGAUAUAUAUACAUGCACUCAGAUACGUGUUAAUUAUCGCCUCAAUUUAUAUAAUUAUACGGAUGAGUUCAAUUUCACGGAAUAUCAUAUUAAUCUACGCGAAUCGGAACGUGAAGUGCCGCCAGUAAAGCGUACAGAUCGCUAUGAGCGAGCAUUGCGUGACUAUGAAUACGAUAGUCUUGGCGGCGGUGGUGGUGUUGGUGGUGGUGGUGGUGGUGGUGCUUCAGAUGUAUCAGAUAUCACAGCCAUACGACGACAGGAGCAAUUGAAUUUUGGUGAUGCCGAUGGCUCAAAUGGUUAUCUAAUUGAGGAUCCGGAAGAUAUCGAUUUCACAAGAUCCAGUGCAGGCAACACAUUGAUCAACGAUGAGCGGCGACCCUUCGAUGAGAUAUCGGAAUUGAAUGAAGGACUAAUGGGCAACCGUUCGAUAUAUUACUAUGUGGGAGCACGUUUAUUUCCUAAUGUCAAGGGUUGCGGCUAUCCGCCGAUGCUGAAUUGUACCAUUUGGUUGAAACGUUAUACCAAAAUUGGCAUUAAAUUUCCCUGCUAUUACUCCAAAGUGGAUCCGAGUCUGGUGAUUAGUGAUUUGGAUUAUUGGCAGAAUACAUUGAAUUUAGUCUAUUCGAUGGCCAUACCGAUACCAUCGUUUAUCAUAUCGGUGAUCUAUCUGACAUAUGCGUACUUUAAGAUCUACAAUGAGGAUGAGGAGACGGUGCCGUUGGAUAAGAAUGCCGAGGAUAUGGAUAUUGAUGAUAUCGAUGCCGUCGACGAUAGCGACGGCGCUGUACUGGCCGACAAUGUGGCCGGCAGUCAAAUCAUCAAUAUGGACUCGACCACAAACGAUAGUUGUCUCGAGGGUGUAUUGCCCAAUGGUGGUCCUGGACUAACCAGCUCCAUAUCACAUGGUGGUUCAGUUACUACACCUGGCCUAUAUAUAGCACAGUCGCCGGCGGGAUCACAGAUGACGCCCAAUUCGGAAAUUAACUCAUUCGGUCAUCAGCUUAAAGUACAAAUGGCCGAUGAGUUGUCCAGGGAUUCACUAGAGAAUGGCAUCUUGUCAACGUCUACCUCGGUGCAAGGAAACUUGAGCAAGACGAUGACGACGAGUAUCUCAACUCCACCUGGGCCGACAGCGGCAGUCUGAAACGUCAGGCGCAUGGUCUGCAAAAUGUUCGAUUUCGAUUCCAAAAAUGAACCGCUGCUAUUGGAGUCUUAAAACGAGCGAAAUGCAUUCCCAGAAGAAAUCAAAAAAAAAAGCAAAUAAACUCCCAAGAAAAAAACAAAUAAUGGGAAUUGUAAUUUUCGCUGACACAAAACUAAACAAAAAAAAAGAUGACAAUGUGGAAAUGUGGAAGAAGAAAAAUUAUGAGAAACAAUCGACAAAAACGCAUUCGUAUGCGACCGAACUUGAAUACCUUCAGAGCUGUUAGAGACACUUAAAAACUAUAAUAGAUUAAAUAUACAUACUUUAUGAACAAAUCGACACACACUACACACCCACACCCACACAAAUACACACACCUUAAGCUUACACACAUCAAAUUGCAAUAUAAAAAUAAAGAAGAAAAUAAAUAACUUCA